CCGGAAGCACUUACGGCGGAAGUGGGCGAUGGAAGCGCCGCUCGGACAGAGGCGGAGGCGGGUAGGUCUCCCGUUCGCCUUUGGGGGGGGGGGAUGUAAAGGAAAGGGGUUGCUGAGCGAGGGGUCGUGCUGGGGGUGGGGUGGGGCAGCAAAGCAUAGGUAGCCCCCACCCCACACACCUGUGUCCCCUGCAUCGAGGAUGGGGGUGGGAUAAGGUCUCCUUCCUCUGCUUCUUCCUCUUCUGUUUCUUUAUUCUUCUCCUCCCCCCCCCGAACAUUUCUGGAGGGGUUAUUUGCACGGAAUUGUGAAGCUCCGGAGGCUCCCUCGACGAUAGGUGGCCAUUCCCCUCGUCGUUACAUAGUGCGCAUUUGUUUCUCAAGCUUAGGGCUCCAGCUGUUGUUGGACUACAUCUCCCGCCACUGGUCCUGCUAGCUAGGGAUGGUGGGAGUUGUAGUCCAAAAGCAGCUGGAUAUCCAAGCUUAGGAAACACUGAUCUAAUUAAAUGAAAUGCAGGUAUACUUAAUAUCAGUGUUUUUUUCCUAAAAAAAAAAAAAGUUUGGGGAUAUUCUCAUUUUCCUGUUGUUGUUGUUGUUUAGUCGUUUAGUCAUGUCCGCCUCUUCGUGACCCCAUGGGCCAGAGCACGCCAGGCACUCCUGUCUUCCACUGCCUCCAGCAGUUUGGUCAGACUCAUGUUUGUAGUUUCGAGAACACUGUCCAACCACCUCGUCCUCUGUCUUCCCUUUCUUCUUGUGCCCUCCAUCUUUCCCAACAUCAGGGUCUUUUCCAGGGAGUCUUCUCUUCUCAUGAGGUGGCCAAAGCAUUGGAGCCUCAGCUUCAGGAUCUGUCCUUCCAGUGAGCACUCAGGGCUGAUUUCCUUCAGAAUGGAGAGGUUUGAUCUUCUUGCAGUCCAUGGGACUCUCAAGAGUCUCUUCCAGCACCAUAAUUCAAAAGCAUAAAUUCUUCGGCAAUCAGCCUUCUUUAUGGUCCAGCUCUCCCUUCCAUACAUCACUACUGGGAAAACCAUAGCUUUAACUAUACGGACCUUUGUUGGCAAGGUGAUGUCUCUGCUUUUUAAGAUGCUGUCUAGGUUUGUCAUUGCUUUCGUCGUUACAUAGUGCGCAUUUGUUUCUCAAGCUUGGGGCUCCAGCUCUUGUUGGUCUACAUCUCCCAUCAUCACUGGUCCUGAUAGCUAGGGAUGAUGGGAGUUGUAGUCGAAAAGCAGCUGGAGACCCAUGCUUGGGAAACACUGAUCUAAUUAAAUGAAAUGCAGGUAUACUUAAUAUCAGUGCUUUUUCCCCCCUAAAAAAAUGUUUUGGGGUACAGUGGUACCUCGGGUUACAGACGCUUCAGGUUACAUACGCUUCAGGUUAUAGACUCCACUAACCCAGAAAUAGUACCUCGGGUUAAGAACUUUGCUUCAGGAUGAGAACAGAAAUCGCACGGCAGCGGGAGGCCCCAUUAGCUAAAGUGGUACCUUAGGUUAAGAACAGUUUCAGGUUAAGAACAGACCUCUGGAACUAAUUAAGUUCUUAACCCAAGGUACCACUGUACUCUCAUUUUCCUACUAGUAUUGAAACACUGCCCCUCAAGGAUUGAUGGGAGUUGUAGUCCAGCAACAGUUGCUGGAGACCCAAGUUUGAGAAGUCUAUUAUUUGCACCUACAUCUUUAGCUACAUCUUCUUUUUCAUCAGUAAGCCGCCUCAAUGACCAGUGUGUUUGUGCAGGGAAACCCUAGAGUCCUAUCUCAGUCAAUCCCUCUUCAACCUCCAUUUAGAUUUUAUUUUCCUAUUUUUGACAAGUACAUAGAAUUUAAAUAGAACGCCUUAUCUAUUUUUGCAAAAAGUGCUUUUCCUCUUCUCUCACCAAUUCUAGAGUGCCUUAAACAUGGACACAGGAAACUGACAGUGCUCUUCUGUGCCCAACUCCAAAAACAUCAUUUUUGGUUGUUGUCAUUGGGCUCCAGUCAUGAUGGUAAGAUUUUUCUCUCUUCUGCUGUCAGAUUCUGGUUUCUGAAAUGUGUGCUUGGGACAGGGGAGAAUAAAUUAACUGUAUCUUCUCUUUUUAUUAUUUGUAAUUAGAUUCAAAACAUUGUGCUAUAAGGCGUCUUCAGACCUUGGUCAAAUUAAACCACCGUGUAUUAGACCAAGAAUGCUACAUGCUAACCAGUUCAGGGCUUUUCAGGAUGAUAGUGAAAUGUGGAUAGUGAACAGAGGAGCCAGAUGUGCAGCAGCAACCUUUCUUAAGAUCUUUCUUGAGGCUCCUCUCUUUUCUAGUGAACACUUGCAAGCAAGAUGGCAUGAAAGGGUUAUUUGCUGAUUGUUGUGCAGUAGAUCAUACAGGCAGUGACCCAUUUUGGUUACGUUCUGGACUUCCAUGUGCUUCAACCACACUGCCCUGUUCUUCCCCUUUUUGUGACUUUUGGGGUCUCUUGGAUUCAGACCAAUGCACAUAUGCAUUGCACACAUUUUGGACAAGCGUAAAAUGGCCGUUGCCUGUAUAGCAGGAUAUGUGUGAGUGCUAUUGACAUGUCUGUUUGCCUCUGUCAGUCACUAUACUAAUAGAGUAUAGUCUUGGAUGGAUGAAAUAAAAAGCAAGAUGCAAAUCUGAUGGAAAGCUACUUUUAAGUCCUACUAGUUAGUGACAAGUGAUGAAAAGCCAAGAACAGCCCAUUUCAUCACCAACUUUUCCACUAUUGCCUGAGGUUAUUAAUACAACUAUCUCCAUUUUUGUGAAUAUAGUUUAAGAUUAUUUUCUUUAUCUUGUACUAACAAGCUUUAUGGAGCACAUGCAGUUGUGUAUCUUACUAUAAUUUAAAAAACCAUAUGGUCCUUUCUUCCAAGUUCUCCUGUCUAGGAAGUGAAUUCUUAAUUGUGAUUAAGCAUUAAUGUUAAUACCAAUGUUAAUUGUGGAUUAGGAUACCCAGGCUUCCUGUUUAACCCUGAUUUGAAAUUAGCGUUAGUUCUGUCUUGAAACCCUAAUUUCAAAACAUAGUUUAACAAGUCUUGUUCAGCCAUAUUUAACAACAGUUCUGACAUGCUUAACUGCUAAAGGAAAAACUGGAGAAUUUGCUGUCAAGGUGGGAGAGAACAGCUUGCUCAUGGUCUCUUAAUCAUAUGUCUGCAUCAGACUAUAGUGUAGGCAUUGCCAGUUAUACAUCUGCUUUGAGGUAGCUGCUGCUGUCAAAAACCACAAUGUAAGCAAACUUGUGCUUGUCUCAAAUAUUGUCUUAAUUGUCUGUGACUUGAUGAUUGUUAUUGCUUGCACUCAAGUCCUAAUUAUAUUUACUCAGAAGUCUGAUUAAUUUUCAUGAGAUUUGCUUCUAGGUAACUACACUAAUGGGACGCGGGUGGCGCUGUGGGUUAAACCACGGAGCCUAGGACUUGCCGAUCGGAAGGUCGGCGGUUCAAAUCCCCGUGACGGGGUGAGCUCCCAUCGCUCGGUCCCUGCUCCUGCCAACCUAGCAGUUCAAAAGCACCUUAAAGUGCAAGUAGAUAAAUAGGUGCCGCUCCGGCGGGAAGGUAAACGGCCUUUCCGUGCGCUGCUCUGGUUCGCCAGAAGCAGCUUAGUCAUGCUGGCCACAUGACCCGGAAGCUGGACGACGUCUCCCUCGGCCAAUAAAGCGAGAUGAGUGCCGCAAUCCCAGAGUCGGUCACGACUGGGCCUAAUGGUCAGGGGUCCAUUUACCUUUACCUUAACUACACUAUUAAAUAAGGUAUUUGUAAUAAUUGGUCAGAACACUUUAUCUGGUGAAAAAAUGAUAGAAUUAAUAAAUAUUAUAUGAUACUAUCGGUGUUCGAAAUUAGCCAGGGGCCAGGUGCAUUUUACACCUGAAUAUUGACCCCUUGUGACCAAGUGAAGAUGCCCAGGUGUCAGAAUGGCAUCUGGCAUCUCCACUAUCUGGAAGGGCAUGCCUGGGGAUCAUUGAUUAUUGAUUGUUUUCACACACUAAUACCCCAUCCUGUAGAAUUCUGUCAGUUCUAUUUUAUCUGCACAAUCAGAAUGAAUUUCAGGAACCAAAAAGUUAUAUUGAAAAAUAUGGUUUUAGAGCCAUUUCCCCCCAAAAUGGCAACUAGGCAUUCCGCUUUGGCGACUAACCCUGGUUUAAGGAUCCAUUUGGUGCCUAGCGUUUCUAACACUGGAUACUAUUUUAUAUCGGAUGAUAUAGUAUAAGAAUCUAUAUUAACAUAUGCUUUCUAAGAAAGAUCUUUUUAUCAUUUUACAGCAGCAAGCUUUAGAACUUGCACUGGAUCGUGCUGAGGUAAGUAGUAGAUUGUAUGAAUUGCACACAUAUUUAAUGUUACAUUUAAUAAUCAUCUGCAUUGUAUCAAAGUUUCCCCAGUUAUUCAGAACACUGUACAGAAAAUAAAUUUCAUAAACUGAAAAUGUAAUAGGAGAGAAAGAGAUUUAUCACUCAUUUUUUGUUUAAUUUAAUGUAAACAUAAUUUAAUGUAAACAUACACACUCCUAAAUCCCCUAAAGCAGUUUGCAUAUCUAUGUACCACUAAACUUAUUUGUGUGGGGUUUGUUUUUUUCAGUAUAUCAUUGAAAGUGCACGCCAGAGGCCUCCCAAACGAAAAUAUUUAUCCAGUGGGAGGUAAGAAUUAUUUAGUGCCUCUUGUUUACUUCAACAGACAAAAUGGUUACUGAAUUGUGUUUCCUCUUCACAAUUUUAGAAAAUCUGUGUUUCAAAAAUUAUAUGAACUGUAUCUGGAAGAAUGCGAUAAAGAGCCUGAAAUAAAGGUAAGUGGGACUUAUUUGCCAAGCACUCGCUCCAUUACUGUCUUGCUGGUGGUCUGCACUAGAGCUCUGAUAAGCCCCGCUUUCAUUUUGUGUAAUUAAUUUAUAUUUCUAUACUGCUUUCUAAAAAUAAAAAAGCUCCCUGAAAGUAAAAUCCAAAAGCAAUAAGAGUCUAGCCAGAACGUGUGCUUCUCCACAUAGUUCUUCCCAAAGGCAGGUUACUAGAUUGAAGGGCGCAUGGUGGUUCUGGCCGUCAUGGCUUUGGUGGUACAGCAAAGAGCACUUAUUUCCUAGAUCUGAUCUGAGAGUAGAGCAGAUAACAAUGUCUGGGUGAGAUUAGGACCGCUCCUGCCAUGUAGGUCUUCCUACAGAUUUGUUGGCAGGUAGAACUUGAGCAAUGCUAAACAACUCCUUCCUUAUAGAAUUGAGUUUGGAAACUGUUGAACUCCCAAGCAGCCCCAGCCUGCAUAGCAUAUGGUCAGAGAUGUUGGGAGUUGUAGGACCAGAGGUUCCCCAUCCCACUUAUACAAGGUGAUGAGGAAAGCCCUCUUUGUGAGGGAUGAUCUAAAACCCCACAGCCCUUAUUUUUCAGCAGGAGCAGUUCAAGGGUGACUAACAAGAAGGAAAUGGAGACACACUUUUGGGAAGCGAUCAAGAGAUUGUAGUUCUGGACAGGGCAACAUUCUAUGAAAAUGCAUUGCAGCAAACGCACGCUAAAGCCUCAUUUUCUUAGUGGAUGGUUUUAUUAACUCAGGAAAGUGGCGGUGUUAAAUUAUUUUGAGAGAUUCAAAGCAGUUCUUAAAACCUUCACGUGAAUGAAGGUGCAACAACUUUGUUGAAUAAAAAUAAGCCGAGGGGGCACUGCCUUGAGUUCUGUGGAAGAGAGGCGAGGAUAUACAUGUAAUAGAUGCAGUAAACAUAAUUAUUUGUUAUUGGGAAGUGGAGUGGAUAGGAAUGGUUGAAGGCAGGACGAGUGUAGUAGCGGGUGAAAUUGUCCUUUUGGGAGAGAAGUCUCCUAUUCUUGGCUCUACCUUCACCAGGAGAGCAGAGUGAAUAAUUUGUCCCUAGGCAUUUCUCAAGAAUGUUCCAAAAGAUCAAGCCCUUCCCUUUUUGUUUAUUUACCUGCAACCAUUAGUUCUUCAGCACAUAGAAUGAAAUGUUACCGUAUUUUUCACUCUAUAGGAUGCACUUUUUCCCCUCCAAAAAUGAAGGGGAAAUGUGUGUGCGUCCUAUGGGGCGGAUGCAGGUUUUCACAAGCCUCUCGCUCUCCAGGCUUCAGGAAGCUAUCCUCAAGCCUGGGGAGCCCGCGGGAGUUCCCGCAGGGCUCCCUAGGCUUGCGGAUAACAGCCUGCUGCCCGAAGCCCGGGGAGCGCAGCGGAGUGCUUCGGGCAGCUCUCCACAAGCCAUGGGAGACCGGCGCAACUUCCCGCCGGGCUCCCACGGCUUGCGUAGAGCUGCCUGUUCUGGGGACUGGGGUCGGGGGAAGCUCGGGCUUCCCCAACCCCGCGCCUGUGGGGGGAAAUAAUUUUUUUUUCUUUAUUUCUCCCCCCCCCUCAAAAAAAAACUAGGUGCGCCCUAUGGGGCGAAAAAUACGGUACUUAUGAAACCGAGGUAGACUUAGUAAGGUAAUUAUAGUGAAUAGCUGCCCGUUUCCGUGUUCAUUGUUUCAUGUUGUUAGUAAACAGUGUUAGCUCCUGGAUGCGUUGUUUUCAUGAGUGUCACCCAUUCUGAAACAGAAGCUGAGGCGAAAUGUGAACUUGUUGGAGAAGCUGGUUUUGCAAGAGACAUUGUCAUGCCUAGUAGUGAACCUCUAUCCAGGAAACGAAGGUUAUUCGCUGAUGCUGAGAGGGAAGAAUGGGUCAGGUAAAGUUAACACUAAAUGGCUGUUAACCUCCUGAUUGUGCCUUAAAAUAAACAGUGCUUCAAGUUGCUGGUUUUAUUAAAAACUCUUUUGUGCUAUUCCUGUCUUUAGCUGAGAAUAAAUCUGUUUAAAGCCUGAUAUGAUCUUCUGGACUCUGUGUAUUUGUUUGAAUUCUUCCAGCUACUGGAUUUUCUUUUACUUAGUAGAAGAAAGACCAUGGCUGUCUUUCUCUUGAUUGGGGUGGCUAACCAGUGUGCCCCUAUCCCCAGAUUUUUUCCUCACCACCACCUUGAGUUUUUUCUCACCAUGCCCUCAAAGUUGUCAUUGGGAAAAAAGAAUUUUUUGAUAGAUAGAUAGAUAGAUAGACAGACAGACAGACUGCUCCUUGGGAUCCUCCACUGCCACAAUGUACAGUACUCCAAGGCCUUUCUGAAACGUAUCCUUUUUAAAAAUUACUGACUGCUCCCUUGUAUCCAUACAGAGGUACCUUGCAAGACGAAUGCCUCGCAAGACGAAAAACUCGCAAGACAAAAGAGUUUUUCGUUUUUUGAGUUGCUUCACAAGACGAAUUUCCCUAUGGGCUUGCUUCGCAAGACGAAAACGUCUUGCAAGUUUGUUUCCUUUUGGAUUUUCAAUGCAUUCCUAUGGGAAACAGUGCUUCGCAAGACGAAAAAUUCGCAAGACGAAAAAACUCGCAGAACGAAUUAAUUUCGUCUUGCAAGGCACCACUGUAUAUUAAAUUGUAUUGAUCACACCUGUUGUGACGCCAAAAGUAUUUUUGUGACCACUGUCCCCAAGACUGUUAAAAAUAUGCCCUUUACCUUUUCUGGCCGCGUCUACUUUUAAACAUUUUGGCUGUGCCCACUUUGACAUGCCCUCCCCAUGAGAGUUGACAGUGUGGCCUUGACUAGAAUGAAGGUCGGCCACCCCUGUUCUAGAUCAUCUAUUCAUUUAAAACAUUUUUAACCAGCCUUUCCUCAGUGUGAGGUAGCUUGUUACGUAUCAGAAUCACCAUUUUGUAAGUUAAUUUUUUCCCCUUUUUGCCAGAAAGGAAUAAUUGUAAAAGCAAAUAGUUCACACGCAUAUUCGUAGUCAAAUGCAUUCUUUGGUUUUAACGCAGAUUCAGAAACCAUUCGGCUUCCUUAUGAAGAGGGAGAAUUGCUUGAAUAUUUGGAUGCAGAAGAGCUGCCUCCUAUUUUAGUUGAUCUCCUGGAGAAAUCACAGGUUUGAAAGACUUUGAAAUGGUGUUUCUGGUUUUGUUUUAGUGGUUGAGGGGUAGUGGAAGUAGCAGUAACAGUAUGUGUGUGUGUGGGGGGGUGUCUAUCAAUGUGGCUGAACCAGAACUUGUCUUGCCAUGCUUGCUGAGGCUGCUAGGAGCUGUGAUUCAGCAGCCUUUGGAGGACCAAGGGUUCCCCAUUCCUGCUGUAUAUAGUAUAUGUUCAACUAACUGACCAAAUUCAGUGCUGAAGCAGUGAUUCUUCAACAUCAACUUUGUUGGACUGGUCAUGUUGUGCGGAUGCCUGAUUAUCGUCUUGCAAAGCAACUACUCUAUUCUGAACUUAAAAAUGGAAAGCGUAAUGCUGGUGGUCAACAGAAGAGGUUUAAAGACUCUCUCAAAGCAAAUCUUUAAAAAUGAUAAUACCCCAACAACUGGGAAAAUAAUAAACCCCAACAACUGGGAAACACUGGCCUGCGAGCGCUCCAAUUGGAAAACAGCCUUUCCCAAAGGUGUCAUGGACUUUGAAGACACUCAAACUCAGGACGCAAGGGAGAAACGUACUAAGAGGAAGGCAUGCUUGACAAAUCCACACAGUGAUCAACUCCCGCCCGGAAACCAAUGUCCCCACUGUGGAAGGACGUGUGGAUCCAGAAUUGGCCUCCACAGUCACUUAUGGACUCAUUGUUAAAACCAUGUUUAUAGAAGGCAAUCUUACUCAGCUACGAGGGAUCGCCAAAGAAGAAGGAGUAUAUGUUCAACUAACUGACCAAAUUCGCUAUCCUGUCUGGAGACCAAACUACAAUUUGGGUUCUAAAACUAUGGUUACAACAAACCACAGUUUGGCAUAAUGUCUAAACUGAGCACUAGUAUAAAAUUAAAAAUUUCAAAACUUAUGAGCAACGCUUGAAAAAUAUUUCUAACCCUUAAGAACAAGCACCAGUUUUUACAGAAUUUGGUUAUUGUCCUUGUUAAGUUUAAUAAUAAUAAUAAUAAUAAUAAUAAUAAUAAUAAUAUUAUAAAUAGAGUUUAGAAAAAGAGAGAUGAAGUAUUCCCAGAGAUCUAAAGAUCUGUUUAGUUCUGGGUAUAAAUAUAUGGAAAUGCUGAUACGUACAUUUUUUUUUAAAAUGAUAUUUAUUAAAAUUUCAAAAAAAGAAGAUUACAUUGAUAAGAAAAAUAACAAUAAAAAGGAAAAGUACAAAAUACAAAAUAAAAAAGAAAAAACAGUUAAAAACAAUUCCAUCUUUUCAUCACUUCUCUUACAUUUACUUGUUUCCCGGACCUCCUCAUACCACCCUCUUUUGUAUUCCAAUUCAAUUUGUUAGUCCAGCAAUUCCUUUCCCUCCUUUUUAAUCCUGAUCUUUAAUCUUGAUAUAUUAUAACAUUAAAUUUUUACAUAUUAAAAAACCAAUUUUUCCAUAUUCUUUUAUACCAUUACAGCUAGAAACCACUUAACUUCAAUCCGACAUCAUUCUAACAUUCAUUAAUUUUACAAUAUUUCUGUAAGUAGUCUUUAAAUUUCUUCCAAUCUUCUUCCACCGACUCUUCUCCCUGGUCUCGGAUUCUGCCAGUCAUUUCCGCCAAUUCCAUGUAGUCCAUCAUUUUCAUCCGCCAUUCCUCCAGUGUGGGUAGAUCUUGUGCCUUCCAAUGCUUUGCAAUAAGUAUUCUUGCUGCUGUUGUAGCAUACAUAAAUAAAGUUCUGUUGCUGAUACGUACAUUUUUGUUUGCUUUUAAACAGAUAAAUAUUUUCCAUUGUGGCUGCGUCAUAACAGAAAUACGUGACUAUAGACAAUCUGGUAAUCUCAAAUCUCCAACAUACCAAAGCAAGUACAUACUUCUGCGCCCAACAAUGCAGGUAAACAACUCGUGUAUUUCAGCGUUGGUGUUGCUCUUAAUUUUUUAAAAAAACAAUACUGAUGCAUCGUAUUUAGAAAUCCUGUACUUCACAAGUAAUGAAAGGUUUGCCUCAUUUUUCUAGACCUUGAUUUGUGAUGUGCAUUCCAUUACAAGCGACAACCACAAAUGGACGCAGGUAACAAACGUGGCAGCUAAAGGAGUUGGUUUCACUAGUGUGGUAGUUUCCUAGUAUUAUGGUAUAUUGUGAUGAUAAUUUCUGGUGCAGUAUGGUCUUCCAACCCCAGGAAAGGCCAUCUUGUUCAGUGGCAUAAAGGUCUACUAGGAGAUGGAUAGGCCUAGGUUUCAGUGAAGUGGCAAGGUUAUGUCUGGGCUCUGCUAGAGGUCUCAAGUGAUUUAAUUCAGUGCCAUAGAUAGAUAGAUAGAUAGAUAGAUAGAUAGAUAUUUAAAACCCUUCCAGAUAAGAUUGGAAAGCAAGCAUGUUGGAGAAAAGGCUAGUUUAGAGUCUUCCCUGACAUGUUCUUUGUGCUGGAAAUAAUAUUCUUUGUGCUGGAAAUGUUUUGUAUGAAGGAACAUUUGCUCAAGACCCGACCCUGCAGUUUGCCACUUCAGUGAGAAUAUGUCAUAGUGAGUCGGAGGACUAGACCUAUUUUGUAUGAUUCUGUUUAUUAAUAUCAAUAUUAGGCAGAAUCCAGAACAUUUCUUCUGCAAGAUCUGUUUGUAUUGUGGGAGUUCAAGAUCCUCUUAACACAUCCCGUGCCAUGGGAGGGGGGCAGGAGCUGACCUUCCGGGCAGCUUUGGGGGUUGCCCAUAAGGGGCUGCAGCAGGAAAGAGGAGGCUGAAAAGCCUUGUUGCCCAAGUAGAAUUCCACCUGACCCCCAUCUGUAAUUAUUGUUACCCACGCUCCACCCUAAGGUCCCAUUGAGAUGAUGGAUGGCAGAAAGGGGCUUGUGUGCAUGCUCUGAUUUUUAAGUGAUGCUCACAUGUGCAAUUUCAAAUUGGGAAUCUUCCGAAGAUUCUGUUAAUAGAAAUUUCGGUUUAGAUUAUUGAAACUUUGGCAAGAAUCAUAGUAGUUCUGAAGAGAGGAGAGCGAUGUCAGAUUUUUGGGCAAUUGUGUUUGCUGGUCCCCUCUCUCAAACACAAUCUUAAGUCCCUGCGAUAUGAAAGUAUAAUAAUCGCUUAGAUUACAAGUCGAGAACAGCUGUUUCACACUGUGCAUACACUCAACUAUCAUGUAUGUUAAUGCCAAAAAUUCUGUUCAAAUAUUUACAAAUACUGUUUAAAAUAUUUGUAACGUGCAGCCAGUCCUAUGCAUGCUUAUUUAUUUUAAAAAAAUAUUUAUCUGUUGAAAUGGUUUGCCACAAUAAAACAUAAAACUGUACCGUAAACGCCAUAUAAAAAGGUUAAAAACAGGCAUCAAUUAACCAUUGUGGAAAGACGUACUUUAGUUGCAGGGUGUUCAGCAAGCGUUCAAAAGCUGGCACAGAAGUUGCCUGCUGUGUACUUGAAAAUAAGUCCUAUUGAGUUAAAUGGGACUUACUCCCAAGUAAAUGUGUAUAGGAUUGCAGUCUUUACUGCAGUUUUAGAACACUCUCUGUAUUAUAGGAAGACAAACUCCUGCUAGAAAGCCAACUGAUACUGGCUACAGCAGAACCUCUGUGUCUGGAUCCUUCAAUUGCAGUAACUUGCACAGCGAACAGACUUCAUUAUAACAAGCAGAAGAUGAAUACUCGCCCAAUGAAAAGGUAUCGGAAAGUCAUAAUCUACUGGUCCUUGAUUUAUAAAGUCUGGUUGAACGGAAUAGGCUGCUUUAACGGGGGAAAGUUAUUUGUUGUUAAGUUUCGAAGAACAUUUUAGUUGAUCUUAAAAAUCUGUUCAAAGACCUGGAAUGUCUGUAGAAAUUUCUCCCAGAACAAACACCCUUAACAUUUUGUUUGGAGCAGAACACAUAUGUGAUGAACAGUGAUCAUUUAAAAAAAGAAUCACUCACCAGUCCCUGGAAUUGCAUCAUUGGAUAGCUCUUUGAGUGAAUGCAAGCUUUAGAGUAUGGGUAGGCAACCUAAGGGACGCGGGUGGCACUGUGGGUUAAACCACAGAGCCUAGGACUUGCCGAUCAGAAGGUCGGCAGUUCAAAUCCCUGCAACGGGGUGAGCUCCUGUUGCUCAGUCCCUGCUCCUGCCCACCUAGCAGUUCGAAAGCAUGUCAAAGUGCAAGUAGAUACAGUGGUGCCCCGCAAGACGAAUGCCUCGCAAGACGGAAAACCCGCUAGACGAAAUGGUUUUCCGUUUUUGAGUUGCUUCGCAGGACGAAUUUCCCUAUGGGCUUGCUUCGCAAGACGAAAAUGUCUUGCGAGUCUUGAGAUUUUUUUUUCGUUUUCCCCCCCUUUAUCUAAGCCGCUAAGCCUUUAAUAGCCUUUUAGCAGCUAAUCCGCUAAGCCGAUAAGCCUUUAAUAGCCGCUAAACCGCUAAUAGCGCUAAUCCGUUAAGCCGCUAAUAGGGUUGCUUCGCAAGACGAAAAAACCGCUAGACGAAGACACUCGCGGAACGGAUUAAUUUCGUCUUGCGAGGCACCACUGUAAAUAGGCGGGAAGGUAAUCGGUGUUUCCGUGCGCUGCUCUGGUUCGCCAGAAGCGGCUUAGUCAUGCUGGCCACUAAUCCGGAAGCUGUACGCCGGCUCCCUCAGCCAUAAAGCGAGUUGAGUGGCGCAACCCCAGAGACGGCACAACUGGACCUAAUGGUCAGGGGUCCCUAUUACACCCCACUAAAAUAAAUUCAACCCCUUAUUCAACCCCUCAGCUGAGAGGUUUCUUCUGUGAGGUGAUGUGACCAGAGUGUAGACAUGGCCUUUCUUCCUUAGUUCAUUAUCUGUUGUACUUCGCCUAGAGACAUCUGUAUGGAUGAUUAUUAGUAAAUAAUAAUUAUUCAGCCCAAGCUCAGCCGGUGGCCUGUUGCCAUGACAGAAAUUGAAACCUCAUUUGCCGCUGGAAAAUUGCCCCUGAGAAGUGACUUCCCGUUUCCAUUUCCAGAGAAGUUACACACAAAAAUAGUGACUACUGUUUUAGGGCCUAUAUGGGCAGUCCUCUUUCCGCAUACAAUGUCCAUUGAAAGAAAUGGCAGUCUUCCAUCACAUACCAUAAUGUCUCAGAAGCAUUUCAGGCUUCAGCUCAGCAGGCUGGCAGUGCAGUCAAGCCAUUGGGUUGACACUGGAUUAACUAGUGAAAAGAGAAAUAUUGACAGCUCACUGGCCAUAAUGUCUCUUGAGAACUGGUAUCCCUUUCCUGUAUAUCUGGUAUCGGACACACAGUAAAUUAGGUACCUAUCCGCACAGUGCCUUUCAUGCUGGAUUAUCUGCUAUGAAAGAGGAUGCCUGGCCACUCUAGCAAGCUGGUAUGAAAAUUUUCCAACUGCCUGUAUUCUUUCCGUUAAUAUUUUCAAUAUUUUACAGGUGCUUCAAGAGAUACUCCAGGUCAUCUCUGAAUCGGCAGCAGGAGGUGUCUCACUGUACAACACCACCGCAGCUCCGGUUGUUUGAUUAUUUGCAGAAAAGAAAGGAAAAGAAGGGAGCCCAGCAGUACGACCUCAAAAUUUCCAAAGCUGGAAAUGUAUGCAUGUUUUUAAAAGACAUCACAUUAGAUAAUUAGAUAAUCUUACUUACUCCGAUAACUAUUGUUCAUUUAAAUAUUUGGUUUCCUUUUUUCCAGUGUGUGGAUAUGUGGAAACAGAAUCCUUGCUAUUUGACGGCGCCAUCUGAAGUGGAUGUAAGUGCAUAGAUUUCUGGAACAUUCCGAGAUGAGUAAAAUUUGUCAUUCAUAGGAUUGUAUCCAAAGCUGUCAGUCUUCUGAUGGAGCUCUGGCCCAGGAGCUUGUACAUACAGAUCUGUACAUGCCAAUGUAAUCUCUCAGCUUCUGAAACAUCUUGUUCAAGAAGUUCUGCUUAUAUAAGCUGGCCUACUAGCAGAACAAGUUCAGCACUACCUCUGUUUAGCAUAGCUGCUGGUUGGAUGUUGCUCUUUUUCAUUCUCUUCUGAAAAGAAGACAGAACUUCUAGAUUUGAAAUCAGAUUAAUUACACCGUUUUUGUAAGGCCUGUUAAAAUAAGUGAACGUGUAAGAGCCAUUAUUUAAAGGAUGUAUUAUAUUUGAAGAGGGUGGGAUCUGUCAAGAUACAAACUGGACUGAAAACGUGAGGUUUAUAACCAUGCCUGUUCUGGGAAUUCUUUUUCUCCCACUUGUAAGGAUCAUCACAACUCAAUAAACCCUCGUUAAGAUUGUCUUGCCUUCACUCUCUGAACCCAUCAGUAUGAUUAUAAUUCUUUUUUCAAUUAUAAGGACAUUUACGCUCCUCAUCCACAUCUUUAAUCUGCUCUCAUUUUAAUUUACUGAUCUCUUAACUGUUUCUGAAGGUGGAAAAAUACGCCAAAGUGGAAAAAUCUAUCAAACCUGAUGACUCACAACCCAGUGUCUGGCCCGCUCAUGUGAGUAAUAGUAGAUUGCUUGCUAACCUUUUCGAUAAUUAAGAGACUUCGUGUUCCAAAAGAUAGGAACACAGAGAACAAUCAGUACUUGAAUGUGUUUAGGUGAGUAAGGGAAGGCUCUAGGAAUCGUUUCAAAUUGUUAUUAGGAAAUACGGGGAAAUGGGUCUUGUGACUUUUUCAGGAGUGCAGUUACAUGGCAUUGAGAGGUAACUGCUGCUGCUGUUGAUUGUGCAACUAAAACCGACAUAGAUCUGUAGUCUUCUCUGUGAGAAGACUCAAUGUGAGACAUGUGAGCCAUGUCUCACACUGAGCCUCAGAAGCAACUGCCUCUGAAUUAGGGUGUUUGAUCAGUUAGACCUCCCAACUCGGUGGGAUUGGUAGCAGUUUUAAAUGUGAUAUAUAUUUUUUAGCAAAUUCAAACCACUUUGUGUACUCCAUGUACUUCUCAUCAAUUAUGUGGUCAGUUGCCCGGUGUUGUUUCAUUUCUACCACCAUCCCUUCUCAAUUUUUUUAAAAUACAGUAUAACUCAGGGAUUUGAUUUGCCCCUAUUGAAAUGAAUGAGAAACUGAAACCAUUAGACUGUCUGCAGCAGCUUCUCAAAAUCAGGGUGGAAAAAAUAACGACUUUCCGCCCAUAUCGUGAAUCCUAUAUUUUUGUUGUUAGGUUGUUAGAUCUCCCCCCCCCCCCAUUUUUGUAGUUUUUCCCUCAGUACAUUAUUGUGGUGAUACCCAAAGUUGGUGCAGAUUCGUUGAAAUCGAUAAUCAAACUGGGUACUUGUUAUGGUUUGAAGGAAUUCUAUAAAGAUUGCCUAUUGCGUGUGUACAUGGCCAUCAUGUUGCCUAGACAUUGCUGACGUUCUCUUUGCAACACAGGGGUUUGUUUGGUUACCUAUUGCUGUACCAUGGCCAGAAGGAUGUCACCUGGCAAGCGUUCUCUUGCAGCUCAUUACCAUAGCUGCUUUCCUCUGCUCCCUGAAACUGCUCAAAUAGUGGCCCAUUUGGAACUCAUUUGGAGACAGGCCUAAAGGCACUGAUACUCUGGUGCAGCAAUAAAACUGCUAGCAUAUUUGCAAAGCUAAGCAGGGACAAGGAUGGUUUCACAUUGGAUGGGGGACCGCUUGUUGAGAUUCUUGCAUCGCUGGGGGUUGGACCAGAUGACCUUUGGGUUGUCCCUUCCAACUCUACAAUUCUGUGAUUCUAUUCUUCCUCUAGAAUUAACUUGGAAGCAAAAUUUUAAAAUGCACACCCUGCCUCUUCUCUCAAGAGCUCUCCAGCAGUUUGUCUCCUUUUAAUCUGUGAAUUGGAGGGAUCUUUUGAAAUGGUCUGCUUGUAUCAAUAUUUCUCUCUUUGACAGGAAAUAAAAGAUGAUUAUGUCUUCGAAUGCGAAGUUGGCAGUCACCUUCAGAAAACAAAACUGACCAUUUUUCAGUCGUUGGGAAAUCCAUUAUACUAUGGUAAAAUACAAAUGAUUAAAAAUGACGAAGACAAUGAGAGUUCAACAAUUCCAUCACAGUAAGUGGCCUUCAUCUUAAAUUUUGGAGAAAAACACGUAUUUUAUCAUUUUGGACACAUUUAUGUGGAUUUAUGGAAAAUGGCAUUUCUUUAUUUUUCUUUGUCUUUUAGUAAAAUAAAUUUUACCUGUUACUGUUUGAGUUAUUGAAGAAAUGAGGGUUAGUGUGGGAAGACAGCUAGCCAGCUCCUUCAGCAUAAGAACCAUACUGAGUUAGACCUUGCAGCCCAGUAUUCUUUUCCAAAAGUGUUCUGACAAAAAUCUCUGGUACAAUCAAGUUGAGCCUCAAGGCAACAGACCUUCCCCUGUUGUUCAUUCCCAGUAUCUAAUAUUUUGAAAUGCACAGCUUCUGAAUAUAAAGAAGCUUCCAUUUGCAGCAAUGACUAAUAGUCGUUUUAUUUAUUCCAUUUAUAUUGCUUCUGUUCUCAAGGAGCUCAAGGCGAUGUACAUGCUUCUCUGUCUCUCUCCACCCGCCAUGAAAAAGUUUGGCUGAAAGAUGGUGACUUCCCCAAGGUCACUGUGCGAACUUCAGGGCUGAGUGGGAAUUUGGAUUAAUGUGCUGUAUUGAAUGUAGAAUGCAGAAUGUUCCACCAGUGCAAGGAAUUCUCCUGUGCAGUGGAAUGUUCUGCUCCUCUCCUCUCCCUGAGCUCCCCCUAAUUCUGCUCUGGGGUUUGCCCAACCCUCCAGAAUAGGUUUGGGGGUAGUAGGGGGUGUGCAGGGGGGCAAGGGGCAAAGUCCCAUUGUGUUAGUGCUAGCCCAAAUAUCUAGUUGAAUAGUAUUGGUGUUUUGCAACUUUGACCUGUUGCAGGACCUUAGCCAGACCUUAACAGAGCAUACACAGAGUUCCAGAAAGCAAUCAGUUGCAGACAGGAUGGACGAAGCAGGAACAAAUGCUGUUACUAGUAACUUGGUUACUUAUAGGUGUUUAUUAUUUACAGCAGAUUCUACAAGUUACUACAGUGGUACCUCGGGUUACAUACGCUUCAGGUUAGAUACGCUUCAGGUUACAGACUCUGCUAACCCAGAAAUAGUGCUUCAGGUUAAGAACUUUGCUUCAGGAUAAGAACAGAAAUCGUGCUCUGGCGGUGCGGCGGCAGCAGGAGGCCCCAUUAGCUAAAGUGGUGCUUCAGGUUAAGAACAGUUUCAGGUUAAGAACGGACCUCCGGAACGAAUUAAGUACUUAACCUGAGGUACCACUGUAUAUACAAGAACAGAUACACUGAUCUUAACUAGCACUCUCUUAACAAACUCCAAACGGCUCUCAGAAUACCACACUGACCAACAGCAAACAUUCCAGUCAGUAAGGUCAUAAAUCAUUAUGCCUGUGUGAGACCUUAACCAAUGGAGAAGCUGUUUCCAGGCCUUCAUAUUUCCAGGCAGGUAACUCCUCUCUGCUCAGUCAUCUUGGCUGUCGGCCAACUCUUAAUUGACUCUGUGUGAAGCUGCACAGAAUUGCACGUAGUCAGAAAUCCCAACAAAUAGUUCCCCAAGUUUACAGUCCUAAUCAACGCUCUAAUUAAACUCUAAGCAUUAGUCCACACUGGCUUUAUAAUAGUGUCCACCUCAACUGAUCAGAUGUAUGUCAACUCUUCUUUUUGCCUUAAACAAAUCUUUAAUUCCUGUAUUGUGUCCCCUACAGUUUUCUUAUUGGCUCAAAGACAGAGGCAGAAAGGUAAGGGGUUCAUCAGUAUUUUUGUGAUUCAGUAUUUUCCAUUCAUGCUUCUUAGCGCUAGAAUUAACAUUGGUCCAUCUGACCUGCAUUUUCCGAGUUUAUUUCCCAACUUUGCUGUUGGAACACUUUGGGCUGGAUCCAUGGAAGGAGAUCCCAUGGAAAGGGACUGGCAGAAGCUGACUUUGGGGCCCUCUCUUGCUUACCUGCUCACUGAAAAGCCGCUCGCAAAGCGUGCUUGGUCUGGGGGAAGGGGGAAUCCCUAAAUAUCAGAAGGAGACCCUUAGGAAAGAAAUAAGCUUUUUAUUGGCCAGUCAAGGGGAGGAAGAGGUAGAAAGUCAGCUUCCUCCAGCUCACACUUCCAUAGGCAUUAUUCACACUUUUAUACUAACAGUAUAUGUACAUUUAUUUAUUUUCAAAAGGACUCCUGGUGGUACUAGGUGAAAGUCUCCAAAGCAUCUUUCACUCUUCUUUGUGUCCUGUAGCUGAAAUAUUUCUUACAUAUUACUGAAACCCUUUUGUUACUGCAAUUCUGGGGAGGGCGAAAUUUCAUCCCUCUAAUAAGGCAAGGCAAUUUGUCAUCUAAUCGUACUUCUGUAAUGGAACCUGGCUGCUGUUCCUUUAAUUAUGCAAUGCUAACUUCAUUAGUCAUUUAUUGUCUCUCUUUAGAUAUUUCUUGUUUUGCUAAGAACUGAGUUCUCCUGCAGAAUCUUAUUAGGCAGCUUUCCGAGCUAUGUUUGUUUUCUGUUCCAUCCUCCUUUCAUACUUGAAUGUAUACCCUUGCUCACAAGCAAGCUUUUAUCCCUGAACAGUCUGCACCCUUUAGCAGUGUGCUUUGAGCGGCUAUUCUCCUGCUCCCAGAUCAGCUACGUGGAAGAUGCCUGCAACUAACCGCCACCUCUAUGGCGAGACUCUUGCUCCUGCCGUAGUCUUCAGAUUGAUAGCGACCCUCCGUUUUCUUUGUCCUCUUCUUCAGAAUGAAUUCUGUUCCUGAAAUCUAUGAACUCAGUGCCAUGAGGCCAGCCCUUCAAAUGUGGCAGGGCUCCAACUCGUGUCAGCCUCAGCAUGGGCAUUGGUCAGGGAUGAUGGGAGUUGUAGUCUUGCAACAUCUGGAGGGCCACCAUUUUCUAAUCCUGGUUUUAGAUCAAUAGUUAUCAAUAGACUAGCUUCCGUGGUUAGUGCUGGUCAUUUUCUGCAUGACAGCCUGAGGGUUUUUAUUUUAUUUUUUACAGAAUUUGGAAAAACAACAUGCACAUAAUCCAAACUCUUUUAUUUUCUCUAGCUCUUAAUGGUUUCAGCACGGUGUUUAGAAACAAAAGGAAUCUCUGAACUUCAGGGUGGUGGGUUUGAGUCCCAUGUUGGGCAAAAGAUUUCUGCAUUGCAGGGGGUUGGACUAGAUGACCCCUGUGGUCCCUUCAAACUAUGGUUCUGUGAUUCUGUGUUGUUGUUUUUUAAAAACCUUCAGUGUUCAUGGAAGAGUUUCAUCCUCUACAUGUUACCGUGCUCAUCCAUCCCCUGGUUGCCUUUAUUCGUUAUGCACAUACCUCCUCAUUGUGCUGCUUUUUGUACUAUCCCAACCCCAUCUGCAUCUCAGAAUAAAUAUUGAGCUUGGUAGAAGAGGGUGCCAAAUGAGACUGUAUUUGUAAAACAGGAGAAUUUGAAAAAAUUGAGUAAAAUCUGCUCAUGUCACUUUAAUUAUCGUUGCGUCUUCGGUAUGGUCUUUUACUUCAGUUCCAUAAUUUGUUGAUUGGAAGUAAUGAAUAGAGAAAAUGCAUGAAUAUAGAAGCCUCUGCAUUGUUUUGGUUCUGGAGACGCCUUCACCUAGUACUUAUGUGAUCUCAUGAAUGACCUCUGCUUAAUGUUACGUUACAGAGUAGUCAAUCAAUACCAGGAGCUAGUUCAAAACGAAGCUAAAUGCCCAGUGAAAAUGCUUCACAACUCCUGUGGAUCUGUCCAUCUAAGCCAGCUCUCUCCUGGGAAGGAAAUGGAAGUAAGUUAUUAAUGAAUGAAUUAAAUGACACCUUUGUAACUCUUUAAAAAAUGCAGUGAUUCCAUAGGAUUCCAUUUAAUCUCACUUUACAAAGCAGGGACAAUCAUUUUUUUCCCCUAGGACUGUUUAACUGCUUGGCUUUUGCCCCAUCCACUUUCUUCUAUCUUAAGACUCUGCUUUUCCCGAUAUUCACGAGAGCCACGAGGAUAGGGCUAUAUCUGUUCACUGGUGAAAUUUUGGCCCCUUUUAAUUACAUCUUCAAGUACAACCCCAGUAAUUUGUGUGAUAGAACCAAAUCAGCCCCAGCCAGCAUAACCCAAUGCCCCAUUCUGUUUCCUGAGCAGUCUGAAACAUUUUCAGAAUGUUGGGAGAGUCGGGUGGAAUGCCAGGAACUAGUCUUAAAAUAGAGGUACCAGUGAAUUAGGGACGGGUGUUUUGCAGAAUCAAAAAUUAGGAACUCGGGUGUUCGUUCUCCUGUCAAAUUGAGAAAGGGAAGAACGAAAAAGAAUGAAAGCUGGAAGAAAAGGUUGAGAUCUAGUAAGAAGGGUUGUUGUUUUUUUGUUUUGCUUCUAGCAGCCUGAGAGUGUUUCGGGCUAUAUUCAGUCUUCAGUGCUGGGGAAAGGUGUGAAACAUCGCCCACCUCCCAUCAAACUACCUUCAAGUUCAGGAAGUAGCUCAUCAGGUAAUUGUUGUUUUUAUUAAAAACAAAAUAGGGUAAGAGAGCAGAAAACAUCACAUCUGGCAACCAGUGUUCCCCUUUGCUUUCAGAUAGUACAUGAGUAAAUAAGUCUAAAAAGCCCAGGACACAAAUUUUCACGGCUCUCUAGCAGCUAUGGUGACUCAUUUGCCAGAAGCAAUAUGUUUAGUGUUAACUCUGGAGGUGUAUACUAGAUUCUGACCAAACUAAGCCUCCUGAUGUAUAUUUUGCUCAAUGAGACUUAGUUUGAUCAGAAUCAAAUAUACUCUUCCACAGUUAACUCUAAAUAUAUUUAUUUCUAGUAAGUGAGCCACCAUAGCCGCUAGAGAACUGUGAAAGUUUGUGUCCUAGGCUUUUUAGACUUAUCUCCCCAUGUACUAUCUGAAACCAAAAUGGUGCAUUGGUUGCCAGAUGUGAAAUAUAUUUGCAUUAGCUUCAGCUUGUUUCAAUUGUUUCAAUUACUGCAUAUAUUUGAGAGAGUAAAUCUGCUGUGCUUUGCUUUUCUUUUUGUUUCUCAGUGUCCAAAUUCAUUUAUAAAUUUGCCUUCCUCAUCCUUUUACUUGCUGUUGCAAUACAGUAGCAACGGCCAACCUCGUCAGCUUUUAUUAAGGUACCUACCUGGCUAAAUCUGCUCGAGGAACAAAGUCCCCUUGUCUUAAACCGCCGUCAUGCCCUCUUUGGCAGCAGUUUUGAUUGGGAAGAGUCUGCAGUCUGAAUAGACUGGCAGGUACCCCUUCCACUGGGAAAUGAGGUGUAGUCAGGCUUUGAGAAAACGGCUUCCUGCCUCCCUUUGGCCGUGGAUAAGCAGAACAAAGUAAAAUUAGUCUCUUACCAUUUAAAGAGAUUUUAAUGAUCACAGCUCAAGAACAAAGAAUCCAUCUCAGAGAAAAGGUGCUCCCAGUUAAGGUGUCCACCCACUUCCCCCCUAUUCACUUGUGUCUUGCAACGUGAUCUCGCAACCAUCAUGCUUUUUGUGCAGCCACCUCAUCUGCUGUAUGUGACCUUGGACUGAUAGGCUGGACACUUUCUAGUGAGAGAGAGAGUGUCUGUUAGCUCUCUCCCAGUUCUUCUUCACUUUGCUGUUCAUCUGCCCCCAGUUCUUCCCAACUUUUGUUUUCAGAACUAUGUCCCUCUGCAAAUCACUGUUCCAAAUCUAUACUGCUCCACAGCUCCUGGGCAUAGCUGUCAACCGUCCCUUAUUUGGCGGGAAAGUCCCUUAUCCCAGCGCUGUGUCCCGCUGCUGUCCCUUAUUGAUGAUGUCCCUUAAAUUUCCCGGGUUUCAAAGGAAGCAGAUCCUCUCCCUCCCUCCCUGCCGGCCUCCCUUUCUGCCUUUGGCUCGGAGGGGCUCAGAAGUCGAACAUAAUUGUGCUCUGAAAAUCCCUUAUUUUGGCUGCUGAUCCCUUAUUUCCGAGGCUGCUGGUCCCUUAUUUUCAAAUCUGUAAGUUGACAGCUAUGCUCCUGGGCAGCUUCAGGAUCCUGUGCGGGGGGAGAGGUAGACUCCCACCAUCCCUCAUCAGAGCUGUACUCCUCAGCCUGGUCUCUGACAGGUGUCAUCCUAGAGCAGGCUUCCUCUACCUCGGCCCCCCAGCUGUUUUUGGCCUACAACUCCCAUGAUCCCUAGCUAGCAGGACCAGUGGUCAGGGACGAUGGGAAUCGUAGUCUCAAAACAUCUGGAGGGCCGAGGUCGAGGAAGCCUGUCCUAGAGGGUCCCUCAUUUUUUAUUUUUUAAUCAACAACCAAAACACAAAUAGUGAGAACCCCCAGGCGGCUGAUACAUUGGGUAUACAUAAUCAAUAAUAACAUAUUCAAAUCAACCAUAUGUACAAUUCUAUAUACCUUAGCACUCCUCCCUCCACAAGGUUUAUUUAACUUUUAACAUUUUAAUUGCCCCAGAUUGUUCAAAUAAUGCAGUAUUUUCUGCCCAAAUAAUGCAGUAUUUUCUCAAACCAGUCCUCCUCACUGACCUUAAACCCUUUCGUUUUUUGUAUUUUCACAGUUAGUUAUUCUAAGUUUAUAAUAUUUUUCAAUUUCCCCCUCCAUUUGUUCACGCCUAGCUCUUCUGCAUUUUUCCAGUUACUCGUUAUAACCUGUCUGGCUGCAAUUACCAUCAGUUUUGUAGAGGGUCCCUCAUGCUUCAGACUUUGGCACAGGAAGGGGGGUGAAGAUAUUUACACACCUGCAAUAUGUAGAUUCAAGUUACCUUUUGCUGCAGGUAGCAAUGGCAGAUGUUGCUGUGCACUUCUUAUUUUGCACACCUAAAGCGCACACUUUAGAGAACAAAGUAACUCUCUUCUGGUGUUGGUUCACAGAACGUAACAUGGAUUAUUUGUGCUUUUUCAGGUAAUAUUUUUAGUUCACAGCAGUCAAGUAGCCACCUAAAAUCCCCAACUCCUCCUCCUCCCAAGCCUCCCAGUGUGUCUCGGAAGCAGUCUCUGGAUCUGAAUCAACUGAGCAUGCUUUCUCCAACCGCCAUGUCUCCUGCAAGCUCGUCACAAAGUGAGUCCCGCCCUAAAUUGUCCAUUAAGUCUUCCUAGGCUUCUCGUGCUAUAAACUUCCUAACCAGCUGAUUGGAGAAUCUAAAUGUCCAUUGUACCCUAGAUUGUGUAUAAAGUUUGCAUCACUUAAGGCAGGCUGUAUGUACUGUAUGUACUUUGUUUGCUGUAACUGUACUUGUUUCUCUGUAUAAAUAUAUGUAUGCACCGUUUGUGUAUACGUUCUAUUCCGUUUUAUGCAAGAAGCAUUGGUCCCUCGCUUUGACACAGCCUGGUAAUUAAUGUGACUGUAGAAGCUCCCAAAGUUCAGCCCUUUCUGCUAGUGUAUAAACAGUAGCUCGUUUAAUGCCUCCUUAAAUAUGCAUAUUUUUUUUAAGCAGCUAAAACUUCUUAAAUGUCGUCAAAUACGGUGCAGUUGUAUCUCUGUGUAUGUAAAUAACAUGAUCAGUCUCCAGGUGGUGAUACAAUAAACUACAAACUGAUUUUUUAAAACACUCCUAUAUCGUUUUACAAAUCAUUGCUGAUGAUGAAAAUGUAAAAAUAAUUUCAAGGCAACACCAUUUUGCUAAGUGUUUACUCAGUUGAGUGGCAGCCAAGUUUUAAUUUUGGGACAGAAUCACUGCAUUGCUGUGGAUUUUUACCUACUUUUGAAAUAGUUACAUGUCUCAAUAGAUAGUCAGUAGCUUGUAAGGCGAGAAAGAGGGAAUUGGUAAGAAUAGCUCAUAGCUGCCUGCUCCGUUCUUUAGACUGCUGCACAAUGUCCUGUCGCUUGAGUGUGGCAUAAUCUAAAAUUGUCUGGGUGGCUCAAAAGGUGUCAUUUUUCUGCCUUCCUGUUUUGCACAAAGAAAACCUGUAAGGAAGCUUUGAUCAAUUUUCCAACAGUUUGAUUCACACAACCCUCUCCCUUCUUUUUAUGUUGCUAGUAGUAAUUGUAUAAAUCUGUUGCACACAGUUGUUGCUGUAAAUAAGGCUUUGCUCACAGCUUCUGGACAUUCACAUUUCUUUCCUUUCUUUCUGCAGGACAUGAAAGCUAAAAAAAACAAAACAUAAAACGAAAACACCUCAAGAGCUUUGGUUUUUUGUUUUCAUUCCAUUGAUAUGAUGUCAUCAUGCCAAAUUUAUGCUUUAAAACACACAAGUGUUUGUUUUCUGCCACAAGCAAUGCUUCCUUCCUUCCUUCCUUCCUUCCUUUGCAAAUUAGGCCUAAAUUAAGCAAGCUGGUUACCGAUAACUAUUUGUACUGUUCCCCCUGCCCCAGUUUGAUCAUAGUCUGUGUUUUUUGUUCAGAUCUGUUUUUCUUUGUUUUAUGACGCAGAUGUUCUAUUACAUGUGUUGAAUGCCUAUAUUUUUGGCAAGCAAAAUGCUUUGUUUAAAGGUAGCUCUCAAAACGUUAAUAGCAGUUGCAUAAGUGUAUCGUCAGUGUUAGAACGAUUUAAUAGGGAAAUACAGCAUUGGUGUUCAUUUGCAGGAUUAAGCCUAAUGAUAUUGUUUGUGUACACCUGUAAUUAACAGCAAUUACUAACCCUGGCGUUUCAUUGAUUUUUAUUUAUUUUUUUUAAACUGGAGCAAGCUAUCAGAGCUAAGUGAGAUUCCGCGAACCUUAUUUUACAAAAGGACUGGCCUUUUAUAACAAACUAGUGCUUUUUAUUUUUCUCAAUGAGCAGGGUCUGGAACUCCUAAGCCAUCUACUCCUACUCCAACCAGCACCCCUUCAUCGACCCCACACCCUUCUGACGCUCAGAGCUCAACUCUGAUUACCCAUUCUGCCUCCCCUACUCCCCACGAUUCAGGCUUCACCCCUCAGCCCACCUUGCUCUCCCCGUUCGCUCAGCAGCACAUGUCUCUGAGCCAGGCACUGCCUGUAAUGACCAUUCCUCUUUCCACCAUGGUAACGUCCGUUACUACAGGAACCUCCUCCAACCAGGUCAUGGCAAACUCUGCAGGACUUAACUUCAUCAAUGUAGUGGGCUCUGUGUGGUAAGUUGGUUUUUUGUCUACGGCGCUUCACAAUUCUUGAUUGUUACAGUCAUUUUGCCCCAGAAUUAUGCUGUGCUGAUGACACGACGCCAGGCUUGAUAAGGGCUUGCCAACCCUCGUCGGCUCCCUGUCUGUGAAAGUGAACGCUUUAUGCACUGCAUUCUUAAGUAUUAAAAGAUAACCAUAAUUACCGUAUUUUUUGCUCUAUAAGACUCACUUUUUCCCUCCUAAAAGGUAAGGGGAAAUGUAUGUGCGUCUUAUGGAACGAAUGCAGGCUGCGCAGCUAUCCCAGAAGCCAGAACAGCAAGAGGGAUUGCUGCUUUCACUGCGCAGCAAUUUUGCUGUUAUGGCUUCUGAGAUUCAGAAUUUUUUUUUUUCUUGUUUCCUCCUCCAAAAACUAGGUGCGUCUUGUGGUCUGGUGCAUCUUAUAGAGCGAAAAAUACGGUAUGUCGAUUUGGCGCAAAAAGCAAAGAAUUGCUAAAAGCUUCAGUUUUUGCUUAGCUUGGAGACGUCAUUCCUUGUUAGAUUUGAGAGCUUAAAGUUAACUAUUACACGUGAAAAGUGGAAAGAACAAGCAAUUUCCCCUAAAGACGAGUGGCAAAAUAAGUUGAUUGCAUACAUAGAAUUAGCCAGCAUAAUGACAAAAGUCAGAGAUCAGGAUGAGACACAGCUGAGGGUAGAUUACUUAAAGAGACAAAUGAACCAAAUGUCGAUAAGCACAAAUUUUUGUUUUUGUUUUGUUUAUUAUUAUUUAGAAAUAUAAGUUUAGUCAUAGGAGAACUGAGAUGUUAUAAUGUGAUUCUAUGAAUGUAAAUUAAAAGAAACCAAUAAAGAUGAUUUGCAAAAAAGAGAAAUAAGAUAAGAUCUAUGAGCAGCAGUAAUUAACAACCAAGAGAAAGAAAUAGGGUGGUUAAAGAGGAUAUGCGGCAUAACGAGUAAAUAGGAUGUCACGGAGGGAAGAGAUGGAAGUCUAGAGGUAUUAGGGGGUGAUAUUUACAAUCUGUAUUGAAAUAUUGGAAAUAAUUAUAAUAAUAAUGAAGAAAUAAUUUAUUUCAGCAUUAUUCUCACUGUCAUUGGAGUUGUGUUUUAGGCACUUUUUCAUAUGCUCCCUAAUGUGGAAGAGUUCAUACAGCACUGUGAGAAUGUCUAAACCAGGGUUUCCCAAACUGGGGUCUCCAGCUGUUUUUGGACUACAACUCCCAUCAUCCCUAGCUAGCAGGACCCGUGGUUAGGGAUGAUGGGAAUUGUAGUCCAAAAACAGCUGGAGACCCAAGUUUGGGAAACCCUGGUCUAACUAAAAGAUGGCAUCUAGACAGUGCGGAGAAAUGGACCCAUUUCUGAUUUGUUUAUUUUAGAGCAGCAAAUUUUACUUGCAAGUUUCAGUACAUAUUUUUUUUCUGAGUAAUAAGACAUAAAAUCAGCUGGUGAUUGAACUAUAUAACCUCAACCCUAAUGAUGCAAAAGCAUAUUCACCCAGUGCUUUUCCAGCUGCACUGGCUCCCGGUGGAGUACAGGGUCAGAUUUAAGGUGCUGCUUUUGACCUUUAAAGCCCUUCACAGCCUAGGACCCUCGUACCUACGGGACCGCCUCUCCUACUAUGCCCCACGGAGGACCUUAAGGUCCAUAUAUAGCAACACCCUAGAGGUCCCGGGCCCUAAGGAAGUUAGAUUAGCCUCAACCAGAGCCAGGGCUUUUUCAACAUUGGCUUCAGCCUGGUGGAAUGCUCUGUCUCAGGAGACCAGGGCCCCGCGGAUCUGAUUUCUUUCUGCAGGGCCUGUAAGACAGAGUUGUUCCGCCUGGCCUUUGGCUUGGAGUCAAUUUGAUUCCCUCCCCCUCUUUCUUUUUUCCUUUCUCCUCCUGUGAUGAGGCUGCAUUUUAAUGUUGUAUUCAUUCAACUUGUUUUUCUUAUUGGUUGUUAGCUGCCCUGAGCCUGGCCUUGGCUGGGGAGGGCAGGGUAUAAAUAAUAAUAAUAAUAAUAAUAAUAAUAAUAAUUAUUGUUAGAUACCAAAAACGGUACUUCGUGCUGUUUUAUGACAUUCUGGUCUCAUGCUUGCUCAUUUCCUUUUGCACAGUGGAGCGCAGACAUUGAUGAGCGGCUCAAACCCCAUGCUGGGGUGUAGUACUAGUGCAAUAACCCCUGCAGGCCUCAACCUAAGUGGCAUUUUACCAUCAGGAGGCCUGGUGCCAAGUGUGUUGCCUGCUGCAGUGCAACCCUCCUCACAGCCAGGUCAGUAGGAAAUUCCAUCUUGGUUGAAUGGGAAUGGCACAGUGUGGGACUACUUCCACUAUAAUGGGAAAAGUCAUGGAAAAACUGAAUGCAGUAGUUGAUUGGCUCAUUAAUGACCCGUGUAGUCAGCGAUAAAAAAAUUAGAAAUUACUUCUGGUUACAAUUGAUAGCAUGUGAAUUAGCCAUCUCAAGGGCUUUGGGAAAAUCCCUUUAUGCCACGUGAUUGAAUCUCCUAAAUACGGUCGCUCCUUGGUUUUCGAACAGCUUAGUUAUCGAACGUUUUGGCUCCCGAAUGCCGCAAACCCAGAAAUGACUGUUCCGGUUUGCGAACUAUUUUUGGAAGCCGAUCAUCCGAUGCAGCUUCCUGCAGCCAAUCAGAAGCCACACUUUGGUUUCUGAACGUUUUGGAAGUCGAACGGACCUCCAGAACGGAUGCCGUUCGACUUCCAAGGUGCGACUGUACUGUAAGAAGUUCAUGUGUAUAUGUUGGCUACCUUUUUUUCUUUAUUUGCCAUUUCUCCUUGCCCACUUCAAAUCUUAAUAAAAUCCAGAAGACAGGUUCCUCUUUGCAUGAUAAUGUAACUUAAAGCAGGUCUUUCUCAGUGUUCCUCCAUCUGCUGAGAUUAGACAGGCUGUUGCCAAAUAGUGGGCCUUUAAGUCAUGGCACCUAGUCACUAGAAUUUCCUUUCUAGAUUUGUUUGCCCGGUGCAAGUUGUUAAACAGAGCUUUCAGUGCCAAGUAAAAUCGAUCUUGCUUAUCUAGACAUUUAAAUUUGGUGCAUUGGUACGGUAUUGGCUGCUGUUUUUAGAGUUUUUCACUUUUAUCUGUCACCGUGCAGUCUUCAAUUUUGCUCUGUUGCAGUUUGUUUUCUUUCUUCAUUUUAUUUAAGAGAUUUACGUACCACCCUUUAGAAGUUAGGAUGCAGAGUACCUCACAUCAACAAUAAUAUAAAACCAUACAACAGAAUAAAAAUCAAAUAUAAUGAAAGUAAUUCCAUAACUUCCUGAUUGGUUUGGUGUUUUAUUGAUCCGUGAUUUGUAAGCUGCCACACACAUUUUGAUCUAUCGGGUAUAAAUAUACAGUGGUACCUCAGGUUAAGUACUUAAUUCGUUCUGGAGGUCUGUACUUGACCUGCCUGAAACUGUUCUUAACCUGAAGCACCACUUUAGCUAAUGGGGCCUCCUGCUGCUGCCGCACCGCCGGAGCACGAUUUCUGUUCUCAUCCUGAAGCAAAGUACUUAACCCGAGGUAAUAUUUCUGGGUUAGCGGAGUCUGUAACCUGAAGUGUAUGUAACCUGAAGCGUAUGUAACCUGAGGUACCACUGUAUCAAAUAAGAACUGGAUUCAGAGUUUGGGUGCCAUUGUUCUGUCCAUUGAAACCAGAUAAUAUAUGAGAGGUUCAGUGCAGAUGCUCUCAACCAUUCUUCUGAGCCUUAAGAUUGUAUUAUUGAAUAUAUUUAAUAACCAGAUUUUUUGUCUCUUUUGUUGUUGUUCUAAAUUUUAGCUGAGUCAAUGAGUUAGUUUUGAGAAAAGCUUUAGUUUAAUCCGAAAGGGGCGAAAUAUUUUUGCUUUUAUCAGCUGCUGCUGUUUUACUAUUACUCAGCAAACAAUUCUACUUCUAGUUUGGAUGUAACUGAAGAGGAGGAGAAAUAACAAUGUUCUCUUAAUUUCAUUUCAGCAGGUGGCCCUUUUGGCUUGAAAAAUGCUCCAGGCCUUCGCCCUUUGAAUUUGCUACAGGUAAGAUUGUAUGGUGAUGUAUGUUGUCCUAUUUUUCUAUAUUGAUUGGGAAAUCAAUUCUUCGAUACUGGUUUUGUGAGGAGCAUAUUAGAUGUGAAUUCAGAUAGCUCCAUCCCCCUUGACUGACAAUUAAGAACAUCCAGGCUGUUGAAAAUAUUUCAAUUUCACAUAUGCAGAUGGUUAUCUGUCUCCCUUGUAUAGCAAUAGGAAAGCAAAUGAUAAAAAUGCUGUAGCCAUGAAAUGUUGAGGACAUCAAAACUAGAACUGCCUGUUCUUUGGAGACCUGGGUCUCAGAAUACAGUUCUCUAUCAAAAAUUUACAAAUCAGGAGGCUGUGAGUUCAUUGGACCUGGGAGUAACACUCUUGCCCACUUGCCACACUGCCCUUGCAGUCACCUCUGCCCAGCUGUUUUCCUGCCAGCUUAGGAAGCUAGACACAUAUUUCUUUACUCUGCAAGGAAAAAAGGAUAGGCGGGAGCAGUUGAAGGGGAAAUUUAGCAAGCUAGGUUAAACGCUCUUUCCAGCAUUUCUCAAGUGCAAAUUUUGCAGCUAUUAGCAGAGAUUCAGGUUCUUGGGGGGCCUAGGCUGGACAUACAAGUCUGACCAAAUGAGUAGAAUGAAUUGUGGACUGGGUGAAGUUAGACUUUUUUGUGUGUGGCUGCACAAAACAUACUUUGUUUUCUUUACUUUUGGCUUCUUUCCUGAUUGUGAUUUUGAUCUAGAUGCACCACACUAGAACCCCCGAAAUUUUGUUGAAAUAGAGGAGGGGACUUCACUAGGAGGGGUGCUAUUGUAGCAAGUACUUUCCUGCUGACACCAGUCUUGAAAACAGCAAUACUAAUUUUUUGUGAAGCCACAAAUGAAAUUUGCAAAGAAUAUUAAAUGUUAUCUCUUCUUGUCUUGGUUGUGAUGUAGCUUAUCAUAGGAGAAUGAGGCAAACUGACCUAUCCCUCCCUUGUCUUUAAACCUAAUAGCUUCCAGGUGGCUCACUGAUUUUCAAUCCCCUCCAGCAGCAGCAGCAGCAGCAGCUAUCCCAGUUUUCAUCACAGCAGCCUACAACAUCUAGUCCUCAACAGCAGGGAGAUCAGGUGAGGCAUUCCUGUUGAAACUAAUAUUAUAAGCACAUACAUGCUGCCUGUGGGAAUAUGUGUAGAGAGAUAGUUACUUGUAGCUACACAUGAAAAGGACUUGGAAUAAGGACAGUCAAAGUCAAGAGUUAGCCUCAUCAAAGAACAAUUGAGCAGCUAAAGCUACCUUAAACUGAAUCAAGCCAUUGCUUGCUGUAGAUUGGGAAUGUCUAUUUUGACUGGCAGUGGUUCUCAGCAAAAUAUAUUUCCUAACCUUCAGAACCAUGCUCCCCAAAUCUGCUCCAUGGUGUUGGAUGAACCCCCAGAAAAGAUGCGAGGGGUUCCAUACAGGAAGAGGAAAUCAUCAUCAUCAAACCUUUUAUUGGCAUCACAUACAAACAAGGAAGAGGAAAUCCUGUUGCAUAAGCAAAAGACCUUGUCCAAAUGGGAUGACUUCAUUAGAUACAACCCAAUAAAAAAACAUAAUCGCAUGCAUUAUUUGGCAUGAUACUGAUGAGCAAACAGCCACAUAAGUUUUGCUGAAAUUGUUGUCAUGCAAUGAGGUUGAUUCAAGUGAGAGAAAUAUUUUUUAUAUCUGGGUAUGUUAAAAUUGCUACUUGGGCAGCAAUAUCAACUAGAUAGUUGUUCACUGUAGGGCAUAAUUUCCAGAGUUGGUACUUCCCAUAGGUAGCUGAAAGUUUCCUGUGAGUAAUAAGCUUUUAGAAGUGUUCAUAGACUCAUCUUUUUCUUGUAGAAGCUUGCUUUGAACAGGGAAAUGGUAUGGUGGUCCUUCUUGGAUAGCAUCUUAAUAGUCCACGAACAGACUGCACAGACAACAAGAGAGCUGGUAUAGAUGGAACCCAGGCUCUAUGCAAACCAUGGUUUGCAAUUUGAGAAUCAAUGUUUUGAGGACUUUCCUCCACCCCCGCUUCUCAGAAUUCACCAGUUUCGCGUUAUGCACACCCCACUGUGAACUGUGGUUAUGGGUAAUCUGUGUUUAUGUUAACCAUUGCUUCCAUCAGCACCCACAUAAGAGAGAAAUACUGUGAAUGCUGGAAAGGGGAGAUGUCACUAUGGAGGAGUAGGAGUCCACAUUCCUGAGACUGACUCCUAAUUUACACACUAUAGCUUGCAGGAAACCACUCUUCGUUGUGCACCAUCCUAGAAAGUACUUUGGAAAUUACCUUAUGGUCCUCAUCAGUUAUAUGGCCGAUAGCUCUUGUACUCUUGCUAUAGCUAAGAGUAUUGUUGUUGUUUUUCCAGAGGAAGAUUAAAUGCUUUGUGCUUAGGCCCUGAUUUGGGGCUUCCCAUAGGCAGCUGGCCGGCCACCAAGAAAGCAACUCUUCUUAUGUUCUCAAGAACAUUGUCCAGUGCCGAGUGUUCCGGUAUUAACUGCCUUAACUUAACCGUUCCGGGGGUCCGUUACCUUUUUUACCUAUUAACCUCCUCUCUCUUUGCUAGGGUUCUGAUCAAGCUUCCACGAAUCAAGACCAGACCUUAUCAGCUCAGCAGUCAACUGUAGUCAACCUGACCGGAGUAGGGAAUUUUAUGCAGCCUCAGGCAGCAGCAGGUAUGUUGCUCAAGCAUCCUUACAGGGCUAUUUUGCUGCAGUUUUGUUUCUUAACCACUGUUGCCCUGGAGGUCAGGUUUUUUCUACCUGUGCUCUAUACCAGGGGGUCAGCAAACUUUUUCAGCAGGGAGCCAGUCCACUGUCCCUCAGACCUUGUGGGGGGCCAGACUAUAUUUUGAAAAAAAAUAAUGAAUUCCUAUGCCCCACAAAUAACCCAGAGAUGCAUUUUAAAUAAAAGCACAUAUUCUACUCAUGUAAAAACACGCGGAUUCCAGGACUGUCCGCGGGCCGGAUUUAGGCGGCGAUUGGGCCAGAUCCGGCCCCCAGGCCUUAGUUUGCCUACCCAUGCUCUAUACCUUCUUUGUCAUACAGCAUGAUACCACCAAUACUCCUCCAGGAAUAGCCCUAUCCCAUUGGUUCCCUCCAUUCCACCAGGUUUCCAUUACAUCUACUCUGUUUAUGGGCUCAUUUAAAAGCAUUCCAGCACUCCCCUUGCGGAAACCUGUUACUACUGUGUCCAUCUUUAAAUGCAUUUUCCCUUGCAGACCUUCAGUUUAUUUACAUAUGGGUGUUGCAUCUUACUGCACACUCAUUUCCCCAUUCUAGCAUGUCCUCAUUGGAAUACCUGGAACAUUUUCAUCCUCAUCCCCUAUGGAAUAAUAAUCCCCAAACCACAUGCUGAAGAGCUGCUGUCCGUUUUCUGUAUGAGCCAAGUUUUAAAAGCUGCUCUGCAACUUUUUGAUACUCAUUUCCUACGGCUUGCCUCUGUUUUGGUUCAGAGAGAGCCCAUCCUCUUUCUAGGCUUCCUUGUCCGAAAACAUUUCCCAGUGCUUAACACAAACCCCCUCCACCUGACCACCGCGUUGACACAGAUCCCCAUCAUUUCUGAAGGCUUGGUGAUCUGGCUUAUGUUUUACCUUCCACACACAAGUGGGACUGCAGCAGCAUGUUUUUUCUAUAUAAAAUGUGUGAACAGUGGCUGCCAUUUGUGUGAAAAAAAUAAUUGAUCUAGAGUGUAUUCAUACUGAAAUUGCUAACUAACUACCACAAGUGGUUACAAAAGCCAUUGGCAAGGCUGUCCUCAGUGUUCCCACAUAUAGUGGACAGGGCAGGUUAUUUUGACUGCACUGAAUUAUGUAAGCAAGAGUGCUCCGACUGCAUGGUAUAUGACCUGUCUAAUCAAACUGUGGUGCAGAGACAGGCAAGAUCUAACCUGUUUUCACCAAACCUUGUCCACUGGGCAUCAUGUGGGACAGGGAUAAGAUAAAAAUAAUAAUUUAUUAUUUCUACCCUGCCCAUCUGGCUGGGUUUUCCCAGCCACUUUGAGCAGCUCCCAACAGAAUAUUUAAAACAUGAUAAAACAUUAAAAAAAUUCCUAAACAGGGCUGCCUUCAGAUGUCUUCUAAAAAAACAGAUAAUUGUUUUGACAUCUGAUGGGUGUUCCACAGGGCGGGUGCCACUACCGAGAAGGCCCUCUGCCUGGUUCCCUGUAACUUCACUUCUCACAGUGAGGAAACCGCCAGAAGGCCCUCAGAGCUGGACCUCAGUGUCCAGGCUGAACAAUGGGGAUGGAGAUGCUCCUUCAGGUAUACUGGGAGACAUGGCUUAUUUGUGGCGAGUCGAAACCUGCUUGGUUGCUAUCUCCCCUCACCCGACAGGCACUUUUGACUGGUGGACAGGGCAGCCCACCUAUCAGUCAACUGGAAAACUAUGAUUCAGAAGGAAUGGUCACACCCACCCGCCCAAAUCAGGCCACAAGAUUCAAGGAAAUAAAACAGCUGGGUCCUCCAAAAAGCUCCCUGCAUCUACCAUAGUGAGAAGUCUUGCUGACUUGUUUUCCUCCUGUGAUAAGCCAAGCCUUUAAAAACUGGCAACUUGAUUUUUUAAGUUCCAAAAUUCAUUUUUGAAUAUAUCAAAAUUUUUGUUCUUGCCUUCUUGUGAAGACAAGUGAAAGCCAUAUAUUUUCUAAUUAUUUCGAACGUCUCACAUGGGGGGGAAACCCCCUGAUGUAUCAUGUCAUCAUUUUUUCUUGAAGUGAAAUCUCAGCUCUAAAAAGUUUCUUCUUUUCUCCUUCCUGACAGCAGUUACGCUUCUUGCACCUUCAAAUGGUUAUGGCGGUGGCAGCAGCACAAGCACCUCAACUACGACACCAUCAUUCAGGCAGGCAGUCAAAAAACAAAGAGAAGCACCUCAGUGAUUCUGCAUUUGAGAUAGAAUGUAUAUUUAAAUUUAAAGGGGGGUUUUAAAAUAGAAAAAUAUAAUUUUCUGGGGAAAUUGAAUGUUGAGGUUAUACUGAAGCAUGUAGGAUUGCAUUUGACAACAACAAAUCCUGAAGAACAAGAUUUAUUUCCCUAACAAAAAAUUGUUUUUUUAUAAAAAGUCAUAAUAUUUUAAGAAGCAGUUUGCAGUAUUGUACAUAUUUCAAGGUGGACUGAUAUUUUGAAAUUUAUAAAUGUAGUCUCUGAGAUAAGGAGUUUGUGCAACAUAGCAAAUACACUUUUUACAAAUUACUUAAGAGACCCAUUGUUUAUGUUGGUUGUACGCUUUUGAUCACUUUAUCCAUUAGUUUCUUCACUUCUUUGUGCCGUACUGUUGCCCGGCUGAUACAGUCUUGAAGCUUUGUGCCUGUUAUUACACUUCCUCCUUAAAAGGAAAUAGGGGGGAAAAACCAAUGUCAGUAUAAUUCUAACAUUUCUAUCACAUUGGCUUUAAAAAAGAGCAGAUUUGAGAGCUGCCACACUAAUGAGUGAAACCUGUUGCAUAUUACAAUUUCAUGGAGUAAAGCAAUACUUAAAAUGGAGAUGAAAAUGAAUAUAGCGCUUUGGGGCAGCUAUAAGUGCAGUUAAAAUAUGCUGUGUGUUCAUUGCAGAACUGCGGUUUGCCAAAUACUUUUAAUGAAAGACUGAUUAGUUGACCAAUCCGCAGAGUCAUUACAGUUUGGCACAGUACCUGGCUUAUAAACAGAACACAGUUUGCCUUCUUCAUCAGUUACAAUCGUUAGAUUCCCAGUUGCCAGGUCUUCCUCUUCUGCAGUUGGGUCAACAAUUAUUACUGUGCUUUUGAGGACACACAAAAAUGCAAAAGUUGGAGUGAUUUCAUAUAAGAGGUACAGACAUGUUGCUUGCAAGAUACAGGAAGAAUUAUGCAGUAAUUUGCAUGGGUUUACACAGUUCAGUGCUAUUCUGAGAGAGUCUAAUGCAUAUGAGAGUUAAGAACAGCAAAGCUGUUUUGCUCGUUUACAUACUCCUUGAAAUAAUUAUUAGAAAGCUCCAACAGUAGACUAAUCUUGAAAUAAAACUAGGUUCUUACAAGAGGGUGAUUAAAAGUAAUAAUAAAAUCAUAGAAUGGUUUAUACAGUGAAGGUUUUACCAAGCUGAUGCUCUCAGAAACACUGAAGAAGCAAAACCAUCACACAAGAGCUAUAACAUGGUACCUGCCCCCAAUAUUCUCCACAGUCCCGUUUCACAUUUAACAUGCUUUAGGAAACUUUGUGGAUACUUACUCAAGCAGCACAAAUGAUGUAGCCACUGGUUGCUUUUUAAUAGUUAGAGGAGUCUUCUCUUUGAAGUUAACUUCUGCUAACCCCGUUUCUUCAUUUACAGUAACAGCAGGUAAAAGGACUGAAAUAACAAAAGCAAUUAUUGAGAAAGCAGAACUGAGGUCUUCCUUUAAAGGGAGGGGUUUUUUUUGUUAAGGGAGGAAUAGGGGCAUUCUGGAAGGAAUAUGUGACAAUGAAGAGAAAGUAAUAUGCAGCAGUAUGUUUCUGACUUAGAAGUAUGGAAAAAUAUAGAAAUGCUUGAUUACUGUGUAUUUGUCAUUAAGCAACUGGAACUGAGGUGUAAAGUAAGAUAUUUAAGGUGCCUUGGGUCUCUGAAAAGGCAUCUCAGGAGCCAUAGGAUAAAUUGGAUUUAUCCAAAGGUAGAGCUCUGGUGUCCAUAGGGCCAAUGUAUCAAAAGACCUCCUCCUGAUUUAAACAGAACCUCUCCCUUUGAAAAAAAAAAAAGAAAUUGUUUUUUAAACCAAAAAGAGAGAAACCACACUUGGAAAUAGAUGUAGGAACACAAAGUUUUCCUCCAUCCUUACCCUACUGGCAGAGUCUUAAAUUGUCUUUGUAUCUCCCCCACCCCCUGGGUGGGGGAAUAGAAAUGAUCAUAUUCUUUUUCCAAACUGCAAAAGAGCAACUGGGGGAAAUGCCAGGAUACUGCACAGUGCAGGAUUUGAGCUAGGUUAAAAUUUCAAAGCUAUUUGUGGUUUUUUAUUUCUAUUUUGGCAGGUGAGACUUACAAGACUUGGGACACAAAUGAGGGGGGGGGGAGUAUGUGAGAGACUGGGUCAAUACAAAGCCGGGUACUUUUGCUUCUCAGUUGCGUUAUUGCUUCUUCAGCUUGCUUGAAGGCUUUGCUGACCCCUUUUCCUGCUGCUCCUUCAGUUUCAUCUCCUUUCUUUUGCUUCAAGCUGAAGCAAUCCUGUCUUCUCCAGCACGCAAGCUGCCUCUACUCUUACUCACAUUGCUCUCUUAACACCAUCUUUGCUUUUCCCACUUUCCUGUCUUGCAUUCUUUUCAAACAAAAACCCAACGCCUCUUCGCUCAUUCCCUUUUCAACUUCAUCUCAUAGCACCUCCUUUUUAACUCUUUAUUCCAACCAGGCAUCAUUCUGCAGCUAAGGUCAAACUGCAGAUCGCUCAUUGUCCAACAGUCUCUUGCAACAAUCCCACACGCACUGGGCUGCCAGGACUCAUCCAGCACCGCCCAGCCUAGUUCUGCCUCUAGAUGAAUGUUGCAGUGCCAUUCCAAUACCAAUCAAAUCUCAGUAUUUUCCUGGCCACCAAAUGGCACAGGAACAUUCCAUAAGCCCAUAUGUUCCUGACUGUUGGCAAUGCUACAAAGGGAACAACAAACUGAUUGGCAAGAGGUACCUGCUCCUACAGAAUUCUAAUACUUCUGAGACUCCCAAUUUAAAAGAUGCUAUUGCUGUUAGGUUUCCAUACAGAGUAAAAGGUAAGGGACAAAUGCUCAUAGAAGUGCAGCCCUUUCCUCAUUGUUCUCUGAACCAUCUCCUGUCAAGGGGAAGACCCACAGGAGGUUAAAGCAUAGACUUGAUUCUGGGAAAGCUAUAGUGCAUAGGCUCCUUCCUUUGAGAUAGUUGCUUAUUAUUCCCCAGAUCCUCAGUUUUGCUGCCCAGAGAUUUAUCCUCUCACUGACCCAACAAUCAACCUACUCAACCACUGGGUUCUCAGGUUGACCCAACAACCAAUACUACAGCACAGAAUCCUCUUCCCAUGAGAAAUCAGUUUGUUUUUUUCCUGGAAUCCAAAUUCCAGCAAGAAGUAAAAGUAUUAAAUGUACUCAAGGUGAAAUGGGUUGCCCCUUUACUAAGUAAGAAAUCCAGUAACUUUGCUCAAAGGCUUUCCAUCCUUGAGCAGACCAUGGAGGACCUUAAUAUCACUGCUUGAAGUACCCACAGCAGCUCUUUUCUCAUACCACUCUGCCUAUGAAUGGGAAUGAGGUUUUGAAAGGAGAAAAAUGCAGACAGGCCACCUUACAGCAGGAACCCAAGGCAUCCACUUUUGUCAGAGGCGCCUCUUCAGGUUCCCUGUUUGCAUAAGCUUUCCUUCUUUGCUGAAUGAUCCAAAAGAAAAUCUGAACCAAGAUGCAGCCAGGCUUUGCAGAAUGUAUCAGAAACUCACUAAGCAAUAGCUUUCAUUACUGAUGCCACCCUCGACUUUCCCCACUUUGCAGCCUGGUCCUUAGCAACUAAUGCCUACGGCUGAAGUUAGGAAACAUGAAUACAGCUUCAAGAUCUAACUUGGCUUCUGUUCCCUAAAAGGAAACCAAGUUGUCUGAGGUGAAGGCACUGGGAAGUCCUUGUGCAAACGAAGGACAAAGGCAAGACUGUGCCUUCUGUCCCCAAACAAAAUAGCAAAUUCCACCCAGAUCAGAAAGAAAGGGGAGAAAUAAGUAUAGAUAAGUUCUGUUAGAUACAGCUUUAAUUGAUAUGUAGGUUAAUAACAAAAGAUAAUAUGCUCCAACAUCCCAUCUGUCCUUUUGGAUUGACUCAGUAGUUUUGGCCAGACCUGCAACUAACCUUUUUUAGUUUUGUUUGUCUUUUUGUUACUGUAGCCAUCAUUGUCUACCACAUUUUUCUCAUGCUUUGUGCCACCACGGUGAUUUUGUAUUACUUUGUUUUUGUGAAAAAAGUUCAAUAAAAAACUUAUUU